AUGGAUGUGGACCUGGGAUUCAACAAGUUUACAGGGGGAAUUCCCCAAGGUCUCACCACUUUACCCUAUCUUAGCUAUUUGGACCUCGGGGCAAACACUCUGACAGGUAAGCUGGCUGGGAAUCGAUGCGGCUCCAUCCCCACCUAUUACAAGGCCCAUCAAGCCCUCACCUUCCUCAGCUCUAAGUCUGCUUUCUCACCACUCUCUCUUACCACUCUUUCUUCCCGCCUUCUGCUAGGCCCAUCAAGACCUCGCCUCCAACGCCCUCUCCGGCCCGCCCACCCCUCUUUCGCCCCCUUCUCUCCUCCCUCUCCUGCUCCCCUUCCCUCCUGCCCCGCUCUGCUCUAA